GUGCCUCCAUACGUACUCGUCCUUAUGUGUGCCACCUCGUACCGCAUCCACUCCAUCUACGUGCUACGGCUGUUCAACGACCCUGUUGCCAUGGCCCUGCUGUAUGCCUCCCUUAGCUUCCUUAUCAGGCGGCGCUGGGUGCUCGCCUGCGUUCUGUUUAGCCUGGCUGUCUCUGUGAAGAUGAACAUCCUGCUCUUUGCACCAGCAUUGUUCCUCAUCUUGCUGUCUACUCGAGGCCUUGUCAAGACAUGCCUGCUGAUUGGACUGUGUGGCUUCAUUCAGCUGGUCCUGGCUCUGCCAUUCUUGCUAUCCAACCCGGUUUCAUAUGUGAUGGGGGCAUUCAACUUGGGCCGAGUGUUUCUUUACAAGUGGACGGUGAACUGGAGGUUCCUGCCUGAAGAGCUGUUUGUGGACCGAACGUUUCACCUGGCACUCCUGGCUCUUCACCUGGUCGGCAUUCUGUGCUUUCUGCCAAAGUGGCUGAGGUAUCUCAAGCUCACCGAAUGGACCACGAACAAGGGAAAGGUGCUGGUGAUGUUCCCCGAUCAAAUGCUGCUGCCAUUGUUUACCUGCAACUUUAUAGGAAUGGUCUUCAGUCGGUCACUGCACUACCAGUUCUUUGUGUGGUACUAUCACACAUUGCCUUACCUCUUGUGGUCCACAAGACUCGCAACCAUGACACGCCUUGCACUGUGGGGAAUGUUGGAGCUUGCCUGGAACACAUUUCCUUCCACUAGCUGGAGCAGUGGCCUGCUUCACUUGUCACACUUAGUUAUUCUAGUCAGUCUGUGGAAGGACUGGCCAACAGAGCCAUCUGUACCACCCUCAGUGUCUAAAAAUAAAUGAAUGGAGUGCCC